ACAGUUGCUCUCUGUUUCCAGCAUAAAGCCAUGUCAGCAAGCGUGUUGCGGACACGGGAUGCAGAAGGAUCCAGGGUGGAUGCUGCUACCUCGAGACCAGCUACUCCAGACCUGGAGUUCUACUGGGUUGAUGGCAGUCAUCGCUGCAAACGGUGCCCUCAAGGUCACUACGUUAAGGAGCACUGUGUUAACUCUGACAAGCCUUCGACGUGCCUUCCGUGCAAAGAAGGCUUUGAAUACAUGGCCUACUCCAGUGAGUUCAAGACCUGCUUCUCUUGCCGUGUCUGCAGGGGAGACCAGGUGGAGGUGAGACCAUGCACCAGGACCAGCAACAGGGAGUGUGCCUGCAAGAAUGGCACGUACUGCACCCCAGAUCAGCCCUGUGAAAUGUGCCACAAGUGCCAAACCAGUUGUCCCAAAGGAGGAGAGGUGGUGAAAUCUUGCACGCCAUAUAAUGAUAUACAGUGCGGCCACUCCAUCAUGCCCCCUCCUGCACCAGGCAAUUCUGCGGGCUUGGCUGUUGGUAUCGCUGUGCCGGUAAUUCUAGUCGUCAUAGCCCUGGUCGCGCUGGUGGUCUGGUGUUGCUACUCUUCAGGUAAGAGGUGGGCACAGGUAUAGUCCAAGCUCCUAUCGCAGCUGAUGAACAGCGCAAGGAGUCGAGGAACUCGGGACAACCACAGGAACCAAAAGAUGGAUAAGCUGCUAGUUCCACAGGAGCAGGCUGGUCAACCGGGCCCUAUGAGACCAAUGGCAGAGGCCAACUGCUCAGAGCUGCAGGUGGUACAGACCAGUGCAGCUCCUGAGGUGAAGAGGUGGAAGAAACUGGUUCCAGUGGAAGGAGAUGACGUGAUAGAGACUCUGCGCAAGUCCUUUGACAUCUUUGCUGAAGAAGUGCCCUACAAAGACUGGAAAAGAUUUGGCAGAAAACUUCACCUCUCAGAAAAUGAAAUUAUGAUGGCUGAGAAGAUUGGUGGGGAUUCACUGGAGCAGUAUGUGCAGAUACUAACCACCUGGGUGAACAAAGAGGGCACAGGAUCCUCUGUGAACACAUUGCUGGAAACACUGGACAGGAUCCAUCUCAGGGGCGUUGCACAAUCAGUUUGCAACAAACUUAUUCAGGAUGGUCUCUACAAGUAUGAAGACACAAGCCCAGAAGCAGAUGGGAUUGUCUCUUCGUAAGUACCUCUGAAGCCAUGGGUUCCUUGUGCCCAGAGAUGCCCUGGGAAGAGGAGCUGGAGUUAGCCAGGCACCUGGUGGUAGAUUGCAAGCUACUGCAGAGGUGCCGAGGCACAGGAAAUACUCUGAAGAGAUUUCUACUUGCAACGACUACAGAUUGUUCCAAGGGAUCUCCUCUUCGGGCGCUGGUACCACAUGGUCACAGCCUUAUGGACUGCUGUUGACAUUUGGCAGAAGUUCUCGCUUGCUGCUAAGGCUAGGUCCACAACUGGACUCUCUGGGGUCCCUCUGACGGACCAGACUAUAGCCCUUAUCCUUUCCCUCUCCUAGUGCUGUGGGAUUGCUUCAAGCUCUUGGAGUCUCAGAUGGCAGCCAGCUGGGCAUAGCCACUGCCUAAAGCAAUCUGUGGCAGGCAAGCUUUAGCUGGGUUCUUGCCAUCUGAAAAAGGUCCACCUGCUGUACAUUUUAGCUGUAGAUAAGCUCCCUUUCCUGUAGGGCUAGAGCUGGGAUGUGAGGGUUGGACUGGAGUUCUGUGGGGGGGAAAACUACUACCUUCCCCACUGGUACGCACACUAUGGCCCACAGGCAUUAGCUUCCUUGGUGAAGGAUGCUAAAUCCCACAGAGGUGCAGGAUGAUCAGUGGUGGGUGCUCA